AGCACAUUGGAGCUGAAAAUGGCUCACAGAGCAGACAUCACUGCAGCAUCUUGUUUAAAAGCUCUCACAGUUUUUGUUGAAAAUGGAAAAGCUCUGUUGGACCUCGCCAAACAGGAGAGCAGUGAAGGCUCACUCCAGGAAUUCAUCAGGCAGAAAAUCCGCAUCGAACAGGACCAGUCACUGCUGGGUCUGAUUGACGCUGGUGCAGUUUUGUACAGAAGUCUGUCCGUUCAAAGGAAAAAUGAAGCAGAGGAAUUAUGGAGAAAACAAGCUCACUGUGCUGCUCUGCAGGGUGCUGUGAAAGACUUUCAGGAAUUAGAAGUGCAGUGGGAUGCCUUUCUGCAACAUUUAGAUGAUGAGUUACAGCUCGGUGCUAAAACACUGGACCGCACUCAGCAGAUGAAACAGAUUUCACCUGAUACAUCUCUAAUCGACGCCAGAACAGGAGAAGCAGUGACAUUAGAGAAAUAUUUUGGGAGAGGUAAAAAGAUCCUGCUGGUGUUAAUCCGUCAGUUUUCCUGUCUACUCUGUCGUCUACAUCUUCAAGAGCUGGAGAGAAAUCAGGCAGCCCUGGAUUCAAACUCUGUUCAAGUGUUGGUUGUUUCAUUUGGCUGCCAGGAGGGAGCUUCACACUGGCUGAAGGAGACUGACUGCCAAUAUGAUAUGCUGUUGGACCCUGACAGGAAGAUAUACACAGCAUUCAGCCUGGAAGUGUCACUGAAGAAAGUAUUAAACUUCAGUAACAUGUUGCUCUAUGCUGAAUAUGUGGUGAAAAAUAUGGAGUUUCCAAGAGGACUUCCUUUGAUUCAAGACGACAUGUUUCAGCUGGGAGGUGACUUUGUUGUGGACGAACAUGGGAGGGUGCUGUUCUCUCACUGCUGUCAGAGUCCCUUGGACAGACCUUCAGUGGAGGACAUUCUAACUGUCCAAUGAAGAUGAAGCUUCUUAAUGCAAAAGAUAAAUAAAGUGAACAGAAACAGGUGGUAUCAGCUGAGGCUUUUCGUAUCUGUCUUACAUUAUUUUGCUUUGCUAAGAUGUUGAAAAUCAACUAUAUGACAAAAUACAGUAAAUGAAAAUAUAAAAAUGAAGUUUUACAUCUCUAACCAAAUGUAUUGUUAUUCUAACUAAAUUUCAAAUUAAAGUGUAGCAGGUCAUCAUCAUCAAAAAGGUCAAACCUGUAAAAAGGGUCAAAGACCUAUGGUGCUAGCACUGCUAAUGUUAGCCACAUUUUGCAAACCAACUUUGAACCAUUAAGGUGUAACCUUUACCAUUGCACUGUGAAGCUGGUUUACAGAAUGCAUUUAUCGUUUGACUAGUUGGCUAAAUGCAAUUAUACUCAGAGUUCAAUUGAAUGGGAAUUUAUAUGCCUAGGAACAUAAAUAAUCCCAGGCUGAAUCCAAAUCCUGGCACACGUUUGGUGCACGUCUUUCCCCACUCUCUUUCCCCAUAUUUACUGUCACUUCAGCUGUCCUGUCCAAUAAAGUAAAAAAGGGCC